UUCCGGUUCUCAGGGCCACUUCAUUCACCCCCGUGUGGUGAAAGAAGCCCGCUUACCUACGACCAGGUCUCCGUCUCCCAUCUCUAUCACCCUAGGGGAUGACAAGACCCAACACUUCCUCACCCUCGAGUCGACUGAUCAUUCCCCAGCGUCUCGUCGCCACCGCUCCUCUGCACAUUUGGAUGUGAUGGAGACGGGGUACGACUUCAUUCUCGGCACUCCGUGGUCUCGUCGGUUCCGCAGCACCCAGGCCGAUUGGGCGACCAAUACUCUCGUUCUCAAAACGAAGUGUGGACAGACGUAUCGCGUACCUUUCAUAGGUACCACUGCGACACCGCGGCCCGAUUCUCCUCCCCCGGAGCCUUCAGUGCCCACACCAUCUCCCUCUAUCACUGUCACCUCGCCUCGGCAGUUCGCUCACUUCAUCCGACAGGACGACGUCACCUUCUUUAUGGUGAACGUGACGGAUCUCUUACACUAUGAUCCACCCUAUCCCGACACCGAGCUCCUCCCUCUGGAGCCAGAUCCUCCUUCUCUCUCCAUGGCUCCCAUCUCUACUUCCGUCCAACCGCCGUCCGUCGAGUCCACCGUGCCGUCGCGCGCUGACGCUGACGCUGAGGAACUCGCACGAUAUACGGCUGACCUGGAGCCCGCAGUUCGUGACCUCAUCCGAGAGUACCACAACGUUUUCCCAUCGUCGUUCUCGUACGCCGGCAUCCCACCGAUGCGUAACGUCGAGCACUCCAUUCAGCUUGUGCCUGACUAUCGUGUUCACCACCAGGCACCCUACAGACUCUCAAUCCCCGAGGCCACCGAACUCAAGCGUCAGCUUGAGGAGCUCCUGAGACUGGGUUUCAUUAAACCCAGCAAUUCCCCGUGGGGUGCACCCGUCCUCUUUGCUCGCAAAGUGGAUGAAACUCUCCGUCUCUGCAUCGAUUAUCGCGGUCUCAACCGCUACACGGUUAAGAAUAGCUACCCCAUGCCUCGUUCUGAUGAGCUGUUCGACCGCCUAGCAGGCAAUCGCUUCUUUACGAAGAUUGAUCUUCAUAGCAGUUACCAUCAGAUCCGCGUCGCUGCAGCGGACCAGCCGAAGACCGCGUUCCGAUCGCGAUUCGGCCACUACGAGUUCACAGUGAUGCCAUUCGGCCUCACUAAUGCUCCCGCUACCUUUCAGAGGGCGAUGAACGACAUCUUCAGGGACAUCCUGGAGCAGUACGUUCUCGUCUACCUCGACGAUAUCCUGGUCUACAGUCGUACUCUUGAGGAGCACCUCAGACAUCUCCGCGAUGUCCUUGACCGCUUGCGCAGACAUGGCUUCUACGCCAAGCUGAGCAAGUGCUGCUUUGCCCAGCACAAAGUGGAUUUCUUAGGACACUAUGUGUAUGACAAGGGUCUCCACAUGGACGACGCGAAGAUCACUACUAUUGCGGAGUGGCCCGCUCCCACAUCCGCCAAGCAGCUUCGCAGCUUCCUAGGCCUGACCAGCUACUACAAUAACUUCAUCCUGGGAUACGCUAGUUUCACCACUGAGCACAUCAAGGGUGAGACUAAUCGGGUCGCAGAUGCCCUAUCCUGGCGCCCUGACCACGACCAGGAGCAGAUGCAGCUCUCUUCCAUCUCGGUCACCACCGUCCACCACUCGGUGAUCGACGAGUUUCGCACUCAGUAUCGCCACUGCCCCGACUAUCGCGACAUCCACGCGACCCUUCGGAGUGGCAAGACCGUCCCGAACUACUCUUUCGGGGACAACGGUCUCGUGUACUGGCACGGUUCACAGGGCACCAGAGAGCCCCGUAUUUGCGUUCCCUCCACUGGACAACUACGUGUCCGAGCAGUAGCMGAGUUCCAUGACCAGGCACUUGCCGGUCAUAUGGGCUUCCACAAGACGUUGGCUCGUGUGAGCCGCCUGUACGUCUGGCCGAAGCGCAAGUACUUUGUGAAGGACUACGUCGCRGAGUGUCCCACCUGUCAGGAGGUGAACAGUGCGAACCACCURCCUUAUGGUUUGCUCCAGCCUCUUCCUAUCCCUGAGGGUCGUUGGCAGUCCAUCUCGAUGGACUUUAUCGGUCCUCUUCGUCCUCCGGCCCCUCGCGGUCAUGAUGCUAUCCUGGUCGUCGUCGACCGCUUCACGAAGUGUGCACGCUUUGUUCCGUGCCGCUAUGCCAUCAGUGCACGUGAGGUCGCCGACAUCGUGUUUGACCGAGUCGUGCGUGACCACGGCUUACCUCUGAGCAUCAUAUCGGACCGUGACCCGCGCUUUACCAGCCGAUUCUGGCGACGGUUCCGUGAUGUAUACGACACUCAGCUCCGCUUCUCCUCGUCUUACCAUCCUCAGACUGAUGGUCAGACCGAGAUCACGAACAGGACUCUCGGAGAUAUUCUUCGAAAGAUUGUUCGUGACGACCAGCAGUGGGAUCGUCAUCUUGCCCACGCGGAAAUAGCCUACAACCACGCCGUCUCGCCAGCCACGGGGAUGUCGCCUUACUAUUGCGACCUCGGCUAUCACCCUCGUGUUCCCGCGGACUUCCUUCGACCGUCCCAGCUGCACCCCGACAUGAGUUGUCCCACGCUGGACGAUUGGGUUGCACACAUGACGUCGAUCAUGAAGACCGCACAUGAGCACAUAGCCGCUUCCCACACUCGCAUGGCAGCACGUGCGAACCGAUCGAGGAUGGAUCAUCCAUUCGAAGUCAGUGAUGAUGUGCUUAUCGACGCCCGCCACUUACAGCUCGAAGUGGACACGCUUCGCAAGUUUCGGCGUCGCUUCUUUGGCCCAUGCCGCAUCCUCCAGGCCGUCGGUUCUGAUACAGCAUCUAGCCCGGUCAGCUUCCGUGUGAAGCUGCCCGACUACCUACGCCAGACUCGUGUGCACGAUGUCUACCACGUCUCAAACGGCCUUCCUGGAGAAUCUCAGAGCAAGGGAAGAGACACGCGGCAGAGACUGGCAGAGGAGCAGGGAGACAGCAUGGAAUGGGAGGAGGAAGAGGCAGCCAGCGAAGGCACCAACACUUCUCUCAAGCGGAAAGCACAGUCGGAGGACCCAAGACAGGAGGUGCAACAGGGCAAGCGGGCACAGUCCAAUGGCUCGGGCUCACGAAGAACCGACAGGGAGACCCAAGCCUCGCACUCCCAGCAGACCUCGUAGCAAUCAAAUGGCGACCAGGGAAGUGGCUCCGCAGGGAAGAGCUCUCAGACCACUGAUACUAUGAAGAUCUGAAUGGCAGGCCUGUGCGGAUUUUUUUAAUAGAUGCAAAGCAUUGACUCCCACUCAGAUAUUUCAAGCCUGGAAAUAAAAAAUUGAGUAAAUGAAGCCGAGCCAU